AAGCAGUGGAGGCUCGGCCAUGGCCUCGGGAGCCGGAGGAAUAGGAGGGGGCGGUGGCGGCAAGAUCCGGCCGCGGCGUUGCCACCAGGGGCCAAUUAAGCCUUACCAGCAGGGGCGACAAAAGCACCAGGGCAUUCUUAGCAGGGUUACAGAAUCAGUUAAGAAUAUCGUGCCAGGAUGGCUACAGAGAUACUUCAACAAGAAUGAAGAAGUAUGCAGCUGCUCCACAGACACAAGAGAGAUACCACAGUGGCCAGAAAGUAGAGAUGAUGAUCAUCUGAUAUAUGCUGAUGAGGAGAGCACUAAUAUUCAUGAUGGGAGAAUCACUCCUGAUCCAACAGUAAGAAAUACAGAAGAACCCUCAACAACUAGUACUGCUUCAAAUUAUCCAGAUGUAUUAACAAGGCCUUCUCUUCAUCGGAGCCAUCUGAAUUUCUCCGCAUUGGAAUCUCCUGCUUUACACUGUCAGCCCUCCACAUCCUCGGCAUUCCCAAUUAGCAGUUCUGGAUUUUCCCUUGUGAAGGAAAUUAAAGAUUCUACCUCUCAGCAUGAUGAUGAUAACAUCUCAACUACCAGUGGAUUUUCUUCAAGAGCUUCUGAUAAAGAUAUAACUGUUUCAAAGAAUACUUCGGUGCCCCCUCUGUGGUCCCCAGAGGCUGAACGUUCUCAUUCACUCUCACAGCACACUGCCACCAGCUCAAAGAAACCAGCAUUCAAUUUGUCUGCCUUUGGAACACUUUCUCCUUCACUUGGGAGUUCUUCAAUCCUUAAAACAAGUCAUCUUGGAGAUUCUCCUUUUUACCCUGGAAAAACAACGUAUGGUGGGGCAGCAGGUGCGGUGAGACAGCCUAAACUACAAAACACACCAUAUCAGGCACCAUUCAGAAGACAGAUGAAAGCUAAGCAACUCAAUGCAGAAUGCUAUGGUGUGACUAGUUCAACAGCUCGGCGAAUAUUGCAGUCUUUAGAGAAGAUGUCGAGCCCUCUAGCGGAUGCAAAAAGAAUUCCAUCUGUUGCUGCUUCUCCACUGAAUUCUCCUCUUGAUAGGAGUGGAAUAGAUUCCACCACAGAUUUUCGGCCUAAAAGGGAAAAGGUGGUCUGUCAGUAUCCCCCUGUUCAGAGACUCAUGACCCCAAAGCCAGUAUCCAUAGCAGCAAAUCGAACUGCUUAUUUUAAACCAUCUCUGACUCCAUCUGGUGAAUUAAGGAAGACUAAUCAAAGAAUAGAUAAGAAACACAGUAUUGCUGUGGCUACUCGGGGUCUUUGGUGGUUCCAUACUGGAUAUGAAAAAAGUAUGACACCAGGACAAAAUAGAGAACAACGAGAAAGUGGUUUUUCGUACCCAAAUUUCAGUGUGUCUGCAGCCAAUGGUGUACCUUCUGGAGUAGGUAUUGCAGGCGGCAAGAUGAGACGAGAAAGAACACGCUUUGUGACAUGUAAACCUCCAGAAGAGGAGGAAAUGGAAGUACCAGUGUUGCCAAAAAUCUCUCUACCCAUCACCAGUUCUUCACUGCCUACCUUUAAUUUUAGUUCCUCUGUGAUCACAACUUCAUCACCAGUUAGUCCUGCACAGUCAUCAACAAACAAGGUACAAAUGACCUCUCCAAACAACACAAACAGUCCCAUGUUCAGAUUUUCAUCUCCAAUUGUAAAAUCUACUGAGGCAGAUGUACUACCUCCACCAUCUAUUGGUUUUACAUUUAGUGUGCCUGUUGCAAAAACAGCAGAACUUUGUGGCUCUAGUAAUAUUUCAGAACCAAUCACAAGUAGUUCCGCUCAAGAUAUCACUGCAGUGCACAGUACAAGCUGUAAGAAGCCAGAUGAAGAUUUUGAGGGCCCUUUUAGACCUGCAAAAACCCUGAAAGAAGGAAGUGUCCUAGAUGUUCUGAAAAACCCCGGUUUCACAUCACUGAAGCCAGAUUCUCUUGCUGCUGAUCCUACCACCACAAGCCCAGUAGUUUAUACAAGACCGGCAAUAAGUAGCUUUUCUUCUAGUGGAAUCGGGUUGGGGGAAAGUUUAAAAGCCGGAUCAUCAUGGCAGUGUGAUAGUUGUCUGCUUGAGAACAGAGUAACAGACAGCAAGUGUGCAGCCUGUCAAGCGACAAAAUUGCCACCAAGAGAUACUGCUAAACAGACUGGAAUUGGGACACCAAGUAAAAGUGGCAAAACAACUCUUCCUGCAUCAGGGACAGGUUUUGGAGACAAAUUUAAACCAGCAGUAGGAACUUGGGAUUGUGAUACCUGUUUAGUGCAAAAUAAACCAGAAGCGAUAAAAUGUGUAGCUUGUGAAACACCGAAACCUGGAACCGGUAUUAAGCGAGUCCUUACCUUGCCAGUGACUUCAGAAAGUGCUGUCACUGUGGCUGCUUCAUCUUCCAGCUGCACUGUGACCACUGGUACCUUAGGAUUUGCAGAUAAAUUCAAAAAGCCCAAGGGAUCUUGGGAGUGUCCAGUAUGCUGUGUUCCUAAUAAUCCAGAAGACAAUAAAUGUGUGUCCUGUAUGUCUGAGAAACCAGGAAGCUCAGUACCUGCUUCAAGUAGCAGCACCAUCCCUCUUUCUCUGUCUUCUGGAGGCUGCCUAGGAUUGGACAAGUUCAAGAAACCUGAGGGAAGCUGGGACUGCGAAGUAUGCCUAGUGCAAAAUAAAGCUGAUUCCACCAAAUGUGUGGCAUGUGAAAGUGCCAAGCCAGGCACACAGUCUGAGUUUAAAGGCUUUGGUACAUCUUCCUCAUCUUUGAACUCAGCAGCCUCAUCCUUCAAAUUCGGUAUCCCAUCUUCCUCCUCUGAGCCUUCACAGACUUUAACAAGCACUGGAAAUUUUAAAUUUGGGGAUCAGGGAGGCUUUAAAAUAGGUGCGUCAUCAGAUUCUGGGUCUUUAAAUCCCAUGACUGAAGGCUUUAAAUUUUCUAAACCAGUAGGGGAUUUUAAAUUUGGAGUUUCAUCUGAUUUUAAACCUGAAGAAGUUAAAAAGGACAGUAAGGAUGAUAAUUUUAAGAUUGGACUUCCUUCUGGUUUAAACAAUCCAACUUCUUUAGCUCCGUUUCAGUUUGGGGUGUCUAGUCUUGGGCAGCAAGAAACGAAAGAGGAACUGCCUAAGUCUUCAUCUGCAGGCUUUAGUUUUGGUACGGGUGUAAUCAGCUCUACUCCUGCUGCUGCUAACACCGUGGUGACCUCUGAGAACAAGAGCAGCUUCAGCUUUGGGACUACAGACACCAAGAGUGUCUCAGUGGCUCCUUUUAUAUGUAAGACGUCAGAAGCAAAAAAAGAAGAAAUGCCUACCACCAAAGGAGGGUUCACUUUUGGCACUAUGGAACCUGCCCCCCUGCCGUCUGCCUCAUUGUUUGCUUUGGGAAGGACAGAAGAGAAACAACAAGAGCCUGUCACCUCUACUUCUCUCGUGUUUGGGAAGAAAGCUGAUAGUGAAGAGCCAAAGUGUCAACCAGUGUUUUCCUUUGGGAAUUCAGAGCAAACCAAAGAAGAGAGUUCUUCCAAGUCAACCUUUAGUUUCAGUGUGGCAAAACCAUCUGAGAAGGAGUCUGAACAGCCAGCCAAGGCCACUUUUGCUUUUGGAUCUCAAACCAGUACUACAACCGAUCAAGGUGGAACAAAGCCAGUUUUUAGUUUCUUGAACAACAAUUCCUCUAAUUCAAGUACCCCAGCCACUUCAGCUGGCGGCAGCAUAUUUGGUAGUUCCACCUCUUCCUCCAGCGCACCGGCGGGUGCCUUUGUGUUUGGACAGGCCAGCAAUCCUGUGAGCAGCUCUGCCUUCGGUAACCCUGCUGAAUCCAGUACAUCUCAGCCUUUGCUGUUUUCUCAAGAGAACAAACCAGCAACCACAUCUAGCACGGGUACAGCUGUUACCCCAUUUGUCUUUGGUCCAGGAGCCAGCGGUAAUAAUAAUACUGCAGUCUCUGGUUUUAACUUUGGAGCUACAACCACGUCUAGUUCUUCAGGAUGCUCCUUUGUGUUUGGCACUGGACCUUCAGCACCAUCUGCCAGUCCAGCAUUUGGUGCUAACCAGACCCCAACAUUUGGACAGAGUCAAGGUGCCAGCCAGCCUAACCCUCCAGGCUUUGGAUCUAUAUCAUCUUCAGCAACAUUAUUUUCUGCUGGUUCUCAGCCUGCACCACCUACUUUUGGGACAGUGUCAAGCAGUACCCAGCCUCCUGUGUUUGGACAACAGCCUGGUCAGUCUGCAUUUGGCUCUGGAACAGCUCCAAAUUCCAGUUCAGUUUUCCAAUUUGGCAGCAGCACAAAUUUCAAUUUCACAAACAACAAUCCAUCAGGAGUCUUCACGUUUGGUGCAAGUCCGAGCACACCUGCAGCCUCAGCCCAGCCUUCUGGUUCAGGGGGCUUUCCAUUUACUCAGCUGUCAGCUUCCUUUACAGUGGGGUCAAAUGGGAAAAGUGUGUUCUCUUCUGGGACAUCAGUUUCUGGUCGCAAGAUAAAGACUGCUAUUAGACGCAGGAAAUAAAGGUCACAGUGGUGUUUCGCACAAGUUUUAAUGAAAGCUGGUGUCUUGCUUUUAGAUACUGGAUUGUACUACAUGCUGGGGUUAUCUGAAGUCAAACCUGCCUAAGGACUUCUUUAAUUUUGGAAUUUUCCUCUUUACAAAAGCCUCGCCAUCACCUCUCGCCAUGCCCUUUCAAAAACAAUUAAUAGUUAGACUGGUGACUGAUUCUUCAGCAGAAAUAUUUUAUGAUCCAGCAAAUUAUUCACUGAUUUGGCUUAGGCUGGCUGAAUUCAGGAAUAGAGCCUGCUCAGUGAAUGGCUUUGUAUAGAACCUCUUCGUCUGCACCAUUAUGUGCGUUGAUACGCGUUUAUGGAACGCAUUUAAUAUUGUAAUUAUAUCUGAGGAAUUCUGUAUAGAUUAGAGAAUAUUGAAAUGAAUGAUUUCUAUGCUGAGUUUGUGCUGGUGUAUGUGUGAAGUGAGUGAGUUGGGUGUAUUGUGCACUAAAAUUUUCUGAUAGAGGAAGCCUGAUUAAAGAAUGGUCCAUGCUAAGGACUUGUUAGAUCUAGUUCCUUCUCCACUUAAUAAUUAUAUGCUAUUUCUAUAUUUUCAUUCUAUUACCUGUCUUGCCUUUUUCAUUAUUUUAUUAUGAAACUUGUGUAAAUACAAUUUUGUUUCUGUACUUUUUUGGCAUAACAUAAAUCUGUGAACUUGAAGUUUUAAUUUUGUGUUAGAAUUUUUGUUGUUCGUUUAGUCUUGUCUCAGAUUUUAUUAUGUAAAUCCCAUUAUUCAAAGUUGCCUAAAUCCAUUUGGAAAUCUUUAAAAAAAAUUGGGGAUUCUUAAAGUGAAUUUAUUGGCUUUUCUGAUCCAGUUUUGUUUGGACCAAAAACCAGUAUUGUACAAAGUAUUAAGCAUAUAUUUUUAUAUUUACUGAAAUGGACUGUGGUGACUUUGGAUAAUAAGGAAAAGUUUAAUAUUAAAGCCAUGUUUAUUACAGUAUAAUUAACAUGUUAAACCAUGGGAUAAAUGCCAUCAAUAAAAAAUUGUGAAAUCC